UUUCAAACAAAAAGAAAAAAAACUAUCAAACCUCCCUGCUUCACUUAGUCUGUGUAUUGCCUCUUGAAAAAAACCCUUCUUUACCUUUGUGCUCUUCUUCCUUCCUCGUUAUCAACAGUCUCAAUCGGAUAAAACGAUUCAUCGAGAAUGACGGAGAUUGUAACGCCUGGAGACGUGCUCGGUAAUGCGGCUGAGUUCCAAGCCGGCAAAGGAGCUUACGUCAACGACAACACCAUCUACGCUUCCCUCACAGGAUCUCGCCGGGUUGUUUCUCCUCUUCCCGAUUCUCUUGACCAGAGAGCUACUGUGGAAGUUACGGGUCACAAGGCGCAUGGACUUAUCCCCGAGCCUGGUUCUCUUGUCUUAGCUAGGGUCACUAAAGUCAUGGCUCGUAUGGCUUCUGUUGAUAUCUUGUGUGUUGGUUCAAAGGCAGUUCGUGAAAAAUUUGCUGGCGUAAUCAGGCAACAAGAUGUUAGAGAAACGGAGAUUGACAAAGUUGAGAUUCAUCAGUCUUUCCGUCCUGGUGACAUUGUUAGAGCUAUGGUUCUGUCUCUAGGUGACUCACGGGCUUAUUAUCUGUCAACUGCUAAGAAUGAGCUUGGUGUGGUCUCUGCUGAGAGUGCUGCAGGUGAAACAAUGGUUCCGAUUAGUUGGACUGAGAUGCAAUGUCCUUUGUCUGGCCAAACCGAGCAGAGGAAAGUUGCCAAGGUGGCCUAAUUGAAUUACGAGACAGAUAAUCUGGCUUCUAUCAUAGUUUGAUGUGUGAAAGUCUCUACAACAAGAAAGAACAUGUUAGAUUAUUACAGUGUUGAGCUCUUUUUUUUUUACAUGCUUUCAAUAAAAGACUGUUGUCUAGUUAUCAGGUGAAGGGAAAAGUUUAAAGAGCAACGUGCCCUUGUUCCUAAACUCAAAAGACAUUUUUUAAUGAAACGAUUAAGAGAGAAUGAAUUUGAGUUUGAGCC